CCCCGGCCCGCCCCUCGCCCCCACUUCCCGCUCCCCGCGCCUCCCCGCGCGGGCGCUGCUGCGUCCUCGAGGUCCCCGGCACCUUGCAAGUUUGGGGCCUGAGAGCGCAGCCCGAGCUGCUGGCCGGGGAGAGGACGAUGUCUGUGCUCCGGCGGAUGAUGCGGGUCUCCAAUCGCUCCCUCCUCGCCUUCAUCUUCUUCUUCUCGCUCUCCUCGUCCUGUCUCUACUUCAUCUACGUGGCUCCGGGCAUCGCCAACACAUAUCUCUUUAUGGUACAAGCGCGAGGUAUAAUGCUGAGAGAAAAUGUGAAAACAAUAGGACAUAUGAUCAGACUGUAUACAAAUAAAAACACAACGUUCAAUGGCACAGAUUAUCCUGAAGGUAAUAAUUCGAGUGAUUAUCCUGUCCAAACAACAACAUAUCUCCCAGAAAACUUCACAUAUUCACCAUACCUUCCCUGCCCAGAAAAACUGCCUUACAUGCGGGGAUUCCUCGAGGUCAAUGUGAGUGAAGUCAGUUUUGAUGACGUGCACCAGCUCUUCUCCAAGGACGUAGAGAUUGAGCCAGGAGGUCACUGGAGGCCCAAAGACUGUAAACCCCGAUGGAAGGUGGCAGUUCUCAUUCCUUUCCGUAAUCGCCAUGAACAUCUUCCAAUUUUUUUCUUGCACCUGAUUCCUAUGCUCCAGAAACAGCGGCUGGAAUUUGCCUUUUAUGUCAUUGAACAGACCGGCACACAGCCUUUUAACCGUGCAAUGCUCUUCAAUGUGGGCUUUAAAGAGGCCAUGAAGGACAAUGCCUGGGACUGUGUGAUCUUCCACGAUGUGGAUCAUCUUCCUGAAAACGACCGGAACUACUACGGCUGUGGAGAAAUGCCCCGUCACUUUGCAGCAAAGUUGGAUAAGUACAUGUAUAUUCUUCCGUAUAAAGAGUUUUUCGGUGGCGUAAGUGGACUGACAGUGGAACAGUUCAGAGAGAUCAAUGGUUUCCCUAAUGCCUUCUGGGGAUGGGGAGGAGAAGAUGAUGACCUUUGGAACAGCAUGCACGUCAAAGCAUCCUUUUACAUCUUGAAGUUGAACUCACACAAUCCAUUUCUGUGUAUUUUUCUGCUGUACUGUAGAGUUCACUAUGCUGGAUAUAAUGUCACCAGACCAGAGGGAGAUUUGGGGAAAUACAAGUCUAUUCCUCAUCAUCAUCGAGGGGAAGUCCAGUUUUUAGGACGGUAUAAAUUACUAAGGUAUUCUAAAGAACGUCAGUACAUCGAUGGAUUGAACAAUUUAUUAUACACCCCAAAAAUACUGGUUGACAGGUUGUAUACAAAUAUAUCUGUAAAUCUCAUGCCAGAGUUAGCUCCGAUUGAAGACUAUUGACAGAAGGAGUCCCGUGGGCCACAGUGCUGGGCCGGAAAUCUGGAACGCGCUUGUAGCGGAGGUCAGUGGCUGGAUGCGUCUCGGUGCCCUGACUGUGGAAAGAGCCAGCGCUCCUCUAUGUUUACACCAUGGGAUUAAAUCCAGCCACCCUUCUCCGGCCCCUCCACUCUGACGUGAGACGUGUACAGUGGUGAGCACUGCAGAAGCGGAAGCCAUUGAUCAGGAUUGGAAGUUACGAGGGAUCCCUACAAAGAGAAGAUUUUUAUACUAAAAUCUAUAAUUUAACUGAAGAGAAUGCUUUUAUUUCUGUUUAAGCAUAUUUUGUACAUGUGAUGUAAAUUAAUGUGUUCAAAUUGUUUAAAAAUAAGGUGUGUCACGGUUUUGCAUGUAAUCAAUUAUGCCUUCAUUGGACUUUUCUAGACACUUUUUUAUUUGCAUGGGGAAAAACAACCCUGUAAAUUUAUGUCAGUAAACAAAGGUGAACCCUUGUGUGAAAUGAAGGAACUGUCAAUAAUUGACAGCAAACUAAUAUGUAAACUGUUAUACUAGUUUUCAGCUUUAGACCUUCAGCCUCGCGUGUGGAAGAAGUCACAGCAUUCUGAGGGCUUUAACGGGAAAAAGAAAGGACUUAAGCGGCUUUUCUUCCUGCCAGGAUUACCUUUCUUCCUUGCUUGCAGUCUCAUCAGAUUUUGCUAAAUAACAGCUGUAUUGUUUAUGCAUAUUGCAUGAGUAUUACCGAACCUUAAAGUUGUGAUGUGACACGAUGUAAAGGACCUCUAUGUUAAAUGUUUCUCAUGUAUCUCUGGUGUGUCAGGGAUUUUGUGCCUCUAAAAGCGUUCCCAAGGUUGUGUGUUUAUACACUGUGUGUGCGCGUUUUUUUUUUUAAUUAUAGCACUUAUUUCCAGUUUAGAAGAGCCAAAAAAAACUUCAUUGAAAAAUUAGUUUUUUCUUUUUUUAAGGAACGAGCUAUGGAAAACCCAGUAGUACUUAUACAAAUGAAUUAUACUAAUAGAUAACAAAUUAAAUGUUCUAUUUUUAUGAAUAUAAAUACUUAGUAAAGACAAAUUUUAAGUUUAAUUCUCAGACAUAUAGAAUUUCACUUUUGAAAGGAACCCUUUUAAUAUCAGCAGUUAAAUUCAAAUUAUAUUUUUUCCACUUUCAAGAAAUCUGUGGUGGUACUAAAAUUUUCUCACUGAAAGUAUAAUUUAAUAAACUAAAAAUACAUUAUCAGUUAUUUAAAUGCAUUAUUAUAGACUUCUGAAAACAGGUCUUAUUUCCUGCUAACACAUAUUUUUAUCUUAAAAUUGGAUGAAAUUUUCUGAGGCAAAACCAAACAACAUUCUUAGUUUGAAAAGUAUUAAUUAGAAAGAUCCUUUAAAAUAUUUUACAAUAUUUUCACAAAUAUAAAACCAAAAAAAGUGAAUCUUCAACAAUGAAGAGUAGUAGAAUUCUAUAUAUGAGAAAUGUUUGGAUAAACUUUGCCUAUGGAUUAUUCACUUAAAACAGAAAUGUGAUUUAUCUCAGGUUGUAAGUUUAAUUUUCAAGUGUCAUUUUCUAUGACAGUUUUAGUAACAGAAGUGACCAUAAACUAAAUUAUGAAAUAAUUGAAAUUCUUACAGUUUGAAAAACCUGAUAUUCUCUCUUUAUGAUGCCAGACAGAACUUUUUUGUAUUUAUUUCUUAAAAAUAUUUCCAAAACAUUUAUUUUCUUGGUGAUAUUCAGAAUAGUAAAAAAAAUGAAAACUUCUGAAAAUUAAGACAUUUGUGCUUAAUUUGUGUAUCUGUUCAUUUUGUGUCUCACAGCCAACAGUUUAAUUUGAUGAAAUGAAAGCAGAAUGAUAAUAUUUGUUGACCACUAGCAAGAUAUUAGGAGAAUGGGGACAUAACCCAAUAAUACUUAAAUUGUGGAAAAAAGUGUUUCUGAGUCUUAUUAGGGGAAUAUAUUUUUCAUUUUAAUGAAUUCGUCCACUUUUGGAAUCUUUUUUUUCUUUUUGUCUUUUUGUCUUUUUGAGAC